UAAAUACAAGGCCGUAAUCGGCACAAAAAUUUGAAAAUAUGGUUGUGACGUAUAACUCGAGAAAUCCAGCUGUUAAACGAUUGAUGAAAGAAGCUCAAGAACUGUCAGACCCAACUGAGCUCUACUUUGCGAAACCUUUGGAGGACAACCUGUUCGAGUGGCAUUUCACAAUUAGAGGUCCUGAAGAUUCUGACUUCCAGGGUGGUGUAUAUCAUGGUAGAAUUCUAUUGCCUUCAGAGUACCCAAUGAAGCCUCCAAAUAUUGUGCUACUAACUCCAAAUGGACGUUUUGAAAUACAUCGUAAAAUAUGUUUAAGCAUAUCAGGAUAUCAUCCAGAAUCAUGGAGACCAUCAUGGUCUAUUCGUACUGCAUUAUUAGCGUUGAUUGGAUUUAUGCCUACACAUGGUGUCGGUGCAAUUGGUUCAUUGAAUCAACCAAAAGAAGAACGUCAAUUAUUAGCUCGCAAAUCACAAAGUUACGUUUGUAGUAUAUGUGGACCAAUUCAUAAUUUACUUUUGCCUUUAACAAUUGCUUCAUCAUCAAUGAAUAAAGAAGCUAGUGAAGCUGCUGCUCAAAUAUCUAUGAUGAGUGAAGAAGAAGUGAAAAAUAAGAAAUCACUUACCAAAUCAAAUACACCUACUACUCCUACUCCUACUCCUACUUCUUCUACUACUACAACAACAACACUACAAUCGAAUUCAUUCUCUACAAGUUCAUCAUCAUCAUCCUGUAAUUUCACAUGUACUACUCCUGCUACUGCUGCUACUACUACUACUACUUCAUUUCCAACAAUGCCUUCCAUUCCUAUCAUACCUACUAUGCUGCCUAUGGAUGAAAAUAUACAUUCUUCUUAUACAUGGCCAAAAUUCUCAGCAUCAACAUCAACAUCAUCAUCGUUUGGCAUGUAUCCUUGCCAAAAUGAAAAUAAAACAUCACAAAUUGCUUAUUGGUUAUGUUUCCCUGUGUAUUAUUAUUAUCCUAUGACCCCAUUUCCUAUGACUAUGAACUCAGCAUCAACACCAUUGGUUGGAUCAAAUCUAACAGCUAGCAACAACAACUGCAGUGGUACUAGCAUGAAUGGAGAACGUGUACCUUUAAGUUUUAGUGAAUGGUUAAAAAGUGUACGUGAAAAAGAAAAAUCUGACACUACUUCAGUUCAACAACAACAAGACACACCGUCUGCCGCCUCUUCUUCUUCUUCUUCGACUACCGCCACUACCAACAGCCAGAUUACUACUACUACUGCCACUACCACUACUACUACUACUACUCAUGUGUUACAAAGUAGUAAUGAAAGCAGUAGCAGUAGCAGUAACAAAUCAAUCAGUUCAGAUCAACAACACAAAAAUCAACCAAUCACUGAAGAGAUUUCUUCAUCCAGCUGCAUUGAUAAACCACUAGACAAUAAUAAUAAUAAUAUUCAAAAUCAGGAUUCCAUUGAAAAACCAACAUCACAGACGACAACAACAACAACAAACUUACACGAACACAGCACUGCAUCGAACACUGAUGAUCGAUUGGCGAAUAAUACACUAACAAAAACCGAUGAUAACAGUAAUAGUAGUAGUAGUAGUAGUACAGAAAUGAAUAAAAACACAACACACAAAAUACAAACUGAUACCACCGAUGAAUUAGUAGUACACAAUAGAACAGCAGUACCGGCGGUUGGUCGAUCAGUCAACACGUCGAACCGUCAUGCUCAUGUUGUAUCAAGUCAACACACCAGACAAUCUACAUCACUUGUUCAAUAUCAUACUGCAACAGUAUGUGCUGUCGGUGUAGCUAUCGCUUUAUUCAUUGUUGUUAUACGUCGACUGGCAAUCAUCUUGCAAGAUGCUUAACUAAACGACAGAGACAGAGGGGAAAACACGAACUCGACAUCUUCUUCUUGUGUGUUUGUUUAUAUUAAUAGCGUGCUAUUUUUUUUCUGUCAAUGUUCAUUUUGAACAACACUGUUCAAUUUUAUUUGAAAACUGCCGCCUUCCUGUUUUUUUUGUUUUGUGAUUUGUUUUGGUUUUUUUUUUUUUAAUUUUUGUCAUUGUCAAGUUGAAUAUUUAAAUAUCCCUCCGAUUUUUUUUGAAAUUCCAAAAUGAUAAAUUUAAACAAAACAACAUUGAGCAUUUGAUCAUGUAUUUAUUUAUUGCCUUAGUUUGUUUAAUGAAUGCUUACAUCCUUGAUUCACGGCUUCUCACUUCUUCAUAACAUUGAACAUGUAAUAUGGCGGGUGAUUUUUUGUUUAAAUCAAAC